CCCCCGCCCCAAACAAGCGAAGUCGGAACCGCUGCGGGAGAAACCGAGCGCUCGAGGGAGAGGGAAGGGCAUCGGAAGUGCUGUAAUGGCGGAGUGGCGUCGCUGGUCGUGAUUCUUGGCUUUGUUAAAGCCACUUUUUUUUUUACGAGGGGUCGUUGCGCCUUUUCGCUUUUGUUGAGAGUUGGAGGUGGGACGGCGAGCGACGAAUCGACGCUUUGGAUCGUUCGGUGCGAUGUCUGCCGCGUUCGGUGUCGGGGUUCAGAGAAUGUAGAGCUAGGAAGAACGUGGAGUGAGUGAGACGGAACGACUCCGAGCUCCUUUGAUUCCCUCGUUGGUUUCUUGUUCCGUGCCCGUUUCGAUUCGCGAGUGCCCACUAGAGCGAGAGAGAGAAAGAAUAGCAUCGCUGCGCCUCUUUACUGCUCUUGGGAUUUCGCUGUCUGCUCGGCGAAUCGCUUCAUCUGUUGACGGGAAUCGUUUGGCUUGUCGCCAAUUGUGCCCCGCCUUGUCUGAUUCGUAAGAAAGAUCCAAAGCGAGCCUCCUCUUUUCCAGGUUUUCCCUGUGCUCCUCUGUUCCAGUGUGGAAAAAGGUCGGAGCUUUUUUGCUUCUCCCUUGCUGUUGCUUGCUAUUUAAAGGGGUUGCGACUCGAAGCGUUGGAGUUAGUGGGGGCGUUUUGGAGCGGAGAUGUUGGAGUUGCAGGUGGAGUCCGACGGCGAGGGCGGCCCGGAAGCGCUGAACUCGAGCCAGAGCUCGAUGAGCAGCAGCGGCGGCAGCUGCGAGGACCGCCGCAGUAGCUUCUCGCGCGUCUCCUUCGAUAAUGCUGCCGUGCUCGACCUCCCUUCCGGCCACUUGCCGUCCAAGCCCCACCGCUCGUCCGACCCCGCCUGGGCGGCCAUCCGGUCGCGCGGUCUCCCGGCCAACCUCGGCCCCCGCGACUUCAAGCUCGUCCGCCGCAUCGGGAGCGGCGACAUUGGAACCGUCUACCUCUGCGGCCUGCGCGACGAGGCCUCGCCGUGCGUCUACGCGAUGAAGGUGGUGGACAAGCUCGCGCUGGCAAAGAAGAAGAAGCUGGAGAGGGCGGUGACGGAGAAGAGGAUCCUGCGGAUCCUCGACCACCCCUUCCUCCCCACCCUCUACGCCGACUUCGACGCGUCGCCGCAUUAUUCCUGCGUGGUGAUGGAGUACUGCAGCGGCGGCGACCUCCAUGCCCUCCGCCACCGCCAGCCCCGCCUCCGCUUCUCCGUCUCGGCCACCAGGUUCUACGCGGCGGAGGUGCUGAUCGCGCUGGAGUAUCUCCACAUGCUCGGCAUCGUCUAUCGUGACCUCAAGCCUGAGAACAUCCUCAUCCGCUCCGACGGCCACAUCAUGCUUUCUGACUUCGACCUCUCGCUGGAGUCUACCGCCUCCCCCACCCUCGAGCCCCUCAUCGCGGCAGCCGCCAACAGCGGGGGCGACGACCUCCUCCCCACCGAACCCUCCUGCCUCCCCUUCCGCGCGCAGCGGGCGUCCCGCCACGCGGCGAAGGCGAACCGGCGGUUCGUGGCGGAGCCGGUCAGCGCCCGGUCGUUCUCCUUCGUCGGGACUCACGAGUACGUCGCCCCGGAGGUCGCCUCCGGCCGCCCCCACGGCAGUGCCGUCGACUGGUGGGCCUACGGGAUCCUCCUUUACGAGCUGCUCUUCGGCCGCACCCCCUUCGCGGGACCCACCAACGAGGCCACCCUCCGCAACAUCGUGAAGCAGCCGCUGGCCUUCCCCCCGCCCUCCUCCGACCCCUCCUCCUCGGCCGCCAGGGACCUCAUCGCCGGACUGCUCGCCAAGGACCCGGCCGUCCGCCUCGGCUCGCGGCGCGGCGCCGCCGACGUCAAGGCGCACCCCUUCUUCAAGGGCCUCAACCUGGCCCUCAUGCGCACCUGCCGCCCCCCGUUCGUGCCCGGCCCGUCCCCGUCCAUCUCGUGCAAGGACCGACGCGAACCGGAUCGGCUCGAUUAUUUCUAAACCAAAUCGAGCCGAACC